AUGAGUCACUUGCUCUGGAAAUCCUACUGGGAAAAUGAUGUCGACAGGUUUCGACGUUUACUGAGUCCUGCCGGUUCCGCAGCUCCGGUUGGUUCCAAGAGUCCAGUGAUUGCCAGCGUUGGCUGGCCCAGCCCUGGCGGCUUUAGCUCUUCGCCACGCCUCGCCGGCAAGUCGCGCAAAGCCUCGGCCAAGUCAAAGGACUCAUCAAAUGCUAUUGGCAAGCUUGAAAUCAACAGUCGAGACCAUGCCGGCCUCACUCUCCUCCUGCGCGCCGCCUCCUCGACCGACCCUACCGCCCGCGACUUUGUUCAAGCUCUCGUCGACCAUCCAGCCAUCGAUCUACAUGUCCAGGACCCAGAGAGCGGCUGGAACGCACUUCAUCGCUCUUUGUACAACGGAAAUGUCUCCAUUGCCCGCAUAAUCCUUGCCAAGGAGAGGGAAAACAUCCUCUCCGGAACGAGCGCAUCCAUGGGCAGAGUUGGUAGGCUCAUCAAGACCAAGGAUCACGAGGGAAACAGUCCCUUUGACGUCUACAACUCGACGAUAGCCACCCGGUCUCUUAACCGAGGCCAGCUGAACGAGGCUGCUGACAAUGAAUCUGACAGCGGAGAGAGCACGACAGACUACAACGAAAUCGCAAAGACCACUCAUGCUACUUCCUCCGACCAAGGGGAUGAGCUAUUUGUCUUCGGGAGCAACAGGAAUAUGUCUCUUGGUGUUGGUGACGAAGAUGACCGCCAGUAUCCCGAGCGUAUCCACCUCCGGCGCCCAGAUGGCCUUUUACGCAAAUUCUACGAAUCAUACCUAGGCGAAGAGGAUGCCGAGUCCGUUGCCUCAUCAUUGGAGAUUGAGGAUAUUCCAAUCUUGGUUCGCAGCCGCCCUCUUGUCAUUCAAGAUGUUGUCUUGUCUAAGCUCCACAGUGCCGUUUUGACUACAGAUCCUGUCAGUAACCUGUUUAUUGCCGGUCUUGGUCGAGGUGGGCGUCUUGGACUUGGAGACGAGAAUACAAAGUUCAAGUUUGUGUCAGUUCAGGGUCCUCUAGCCGACAAGAAGAUUCAACAAGUUGCUCUGGGCCAAAACCACACAAUGGCAAUUGCUGGCAACGGCGAGCUGUGGACCUGGGGUCUCAACUCGGAUUCGCAACUGGGUUACGCGCUGCCCCCUCCGACAAGAGCCGACGAGGAACCCAUGAGCCUAGUGCCACGUCAAGUUUUUGGGACACUCAAAAAGGAAUUGAUCCAAGGCGUUGCCGCAUCCACCAUCCAUUCCGUUGCCCACACUGGAGCUUCGCUUUUCUGCUGGGGUCGCAAUGCUGGACAGCUUGCGCUCAUGGAUGCCGACUCUCGGUCUCUCGACAUCCAAGCCACCCCACGCAGAGUAGCCGCGUCGCUAUUGACGGCGCCCAUUCUCAUGGUGUCUGCCAUAGAUAAGGCUACUACGGUUUUGCUGGCUAACCACAAUGUCUGGGUCUUUACCAAUUACGGAUACAACCUGGUCAAAUUCCCAACCCUUGAUCCAUUCGUCAACUACAAUCUCUCAUCAUAUGCGAACAGGCGCGAGUCGGGAAGGAAAGAAAUCAUCUCCAUCGCAUCCGGUGGAGACACUAUUGCUGCGGUGACAUCUCGCGGUGAUUUGUUUACUAUGAACAUAAACAGCAAAGGCGAGUCGGAUCAACCCAAUGGCUCUACCACAAACCCUGCCAAGAUCAAAGGCGCAGUAUCCCCGCCUCAAUGCGUAUGGGAUUCUCGCAAAGAUGGUGUCACUUCCAUGAGUGUUGGAGAGCAUGGCUCCGUGAUCAUCUGCACCGAGUCCGGCGCUGUGUGGAAGCGAGUCAAGCGUACCAAUGGAAAGCUGUUUUCCAGCGCUGGCCACAAAAAGAAGGACUUCAAGUUCGAGCGCGUUCCCUAUAUCACCAACUGUACCAAGGUCCAGAGCUCGACUUUUGGAACUUUUGCUGCCAUUCGAAAGGAUAGUAAAGUCAUGGCCGAGGAAAUAUCCGUUUCCAAACCAUCCAUCUGGGAGGACCUCGGCUCACUUAUGUGCCUGACCAACUUUGAAGCGUCGUUGCCCAAGUCAGGUCUGAACGAGUCUCGAACAGCUUGGGACAAAGCCAUCGCCAGAGAAAAACACAGCUCUGUUGUUCACGAGCUGCUGAAAUCACCAGACAUUGAAACAGAUCUCACGCAGAUGCUACAAUUUGGCUCGACGCAAUUCAAGAGCAUUGAUCUUCGCGUUAACACAACAACUGCACCCGAUAUCAAGAUUCCUGUGCACGGUUGGCUGCUCUCUGCUAGAAGUCUCAUCGUCCUUGAUGCUCUCUCCAAGUUCCGCCGCGGCGGCCGUCAAUCGAAUCAAGACAUCUUUGAACUCAGCGAAUACGAGGGCAGAAUUCUCAUGACAUUUCAUCAGAUCGAUAUACUUACUCUGCUGAAUAUUGUGGUGUUCUCAUACCUCGAUACCAUGAUGCCGGUCUGGAAGUACACCAAAGAAGCACCUUCCCUGGCCCACCGUUUCAGACAGGUCAGAAUUGAGCUCAUGAGAAUGGCGACCAAGCUGCAAAUGACGAGGCUCGAAAGUGCGGCCCGUUUACAACGGAGUGUUGAACCUUCACUGGACUCGGAUCUCCAAGGCGCUAUCUCUGAUAAGCGCUUCUUCGAAGAUGGUGAUAUCUUGGUGCAGCUCGAUGGCGAAGACUUCCCUGUCCAUAGUCAGCUUGUGUGCAAGCGUUGUCCCUUCUUUGAAGGCAUGUUCCACGGCCGCUCGCAGGGAGGAUGGCUCACGAGCAGACGCUUGGGUCAAGCCGCUGAGGAUCGUAUCCAAGUCAAUCUUGAGCAUGUUAACCCAGAAACAUUCAUGAUGGUCAUACAGUACAUCUACGGUGAUGUUGGCGAGGACCUUUUUGAGGAUGUGACUUGCGCAUCUCUAGACGAGUUUUCUGAGAUUGUUCUGGAUGUCAUGGCCACUGCAAACGAGUUGAUGCUCGAUCGCCUUUCACAAGCUUGCCAAUGCGUGAUUGGAAAGUUUGUCACCACGCGCAAUAUCGCCAACUUGCUCAAUGAGAUUAGUGUCUGUUCUGUCACCGAGUUCAAGGAUGUUGGAUUAGAAUAUAUUUGCUUGCAGUUGGAAAAUAUGCUUGAGAACGGCAACCUUGACGGCAUGGAUGAAGAGGUACUUCUGGAGCUUGACGAGGUUGUGCGCGAGAAUCAGCUUGCUCGGUUUCCGUUUGUGCGAAGUGGGCGUGCCGAGCUGCUUAUGCAUGAAAAGCAUCCAGACCUCCUUAUCGACAUUGAGGAGGAGCGUCAGCGUCGUGUCAAGGAAUUCGCUUUCAAGGUUACUCAACGAGAAGAGGAGAAAAAACUGUCCUCGUCAUAUCGCGCGCGCUUUGGUAGUCUGGAUGAGAUGGCGGCCUUCUCGAGAACGCCUGAUGCUGGCCGGCGCAAGUCUAGCUAUGCUAAAAACGAGCCUUUCAGCCCAAGCCUGCGGCCGAAAGAAUCGCAUGGAGAUCUCAUUUUCGAUAUGGAGGAAGAUGUGGCCAAGCAUGGCGAUGUAUCUUCUCCAGCUGCGCCACGUCCUCUCCCUCAACUAGAUCUGGACGUGGAGCCGAUGACACAGCUUCCAGAAGCAGCUUGGCAGCAAACCAAGAGGACAUAUCCAGUCUCAUUUUCCAAAUCGCCUGGCUCUUCUGCGCCCACGGUGGCGUUUCCAGCAUCUCGAAACUUGAGCGGAACCCCCGCUACGCCGACUAAUAAUUCGAUGCGCAAAGCAAACGGCCCCUGGGCCUCACCGAUUUUGUCUACGACGAAGCUGGAUCUACGAGGCAUCAUAUCUGAGGCAUCUUCAAAGCCCACAUCUGCACUAACGACAAGUCUAGCAGCUGCAUCUAGGGAUGCGCCGUCGCCAAAGCCCCCGGCCAAGAUGUCACAAAAGGAACGCAAGAGGCAGAUGCAGAAGCAAGCAGAGGUCCAUGCUGCGACAGAAAACGGGAAGAUAAGUGCCAAGCCAUGGCAGCCCGUAUCUUCAGGUGGCGAUCCAGCGCCGUGGAAGGUAGCGUCGCCUGCUCCCAAGACGUCCUUGCAAGAGGCUAUGGCUUCUGAGGCUCAGAAACGCGGGCCAGUGCCCAACGCAAAGCCUCUUAUUGCUGCUGAGACGGAGCCUCAGGCCAAGCGUCGCACCGCGUCGCCCGAUACCAAGUUCUCCGGGCAGAACCGCAGCCGACGAGCCGUGAUAGAUUCACCGGCGUCUAGCAGCCAGCAGGCGGCAAGUCCACUUAUCCCACACUCCAAAUCGUACAUCACACGAGAGCGGAAGGAAGAGCCGCUUGUGGGGGGAACGCUGGCGGAUAUUAUUGGGCAGCAGAAGCGCGAGCAGGAGCUCGUCAAAGAGGCCGUGGCUAAACGGUCCUUGCAGGAGAUUCAGCAGGAGCAGGCGUUCCAGGAGUGGUGGGACCAGGAAAGCCGUCGAGCGCAGCAGGAAGAAGCACAGCGCUCUGUCCGGCCGGCCAAGGAGAGGGGAGACGGUGGAAAUAAGCGCGGAAGAAGAAGCCGCGGUGGUGGCAGUGCCGGCGGCGAUGCUUAUACUGGCAAAGACAAUUCGGGCCUAGGCAAGGAAGCCACCAAUAAAGCAGAGCAAGCCAGCGCGUCUUCGCGCCGCCCUAAGGCGCGCGGCGGAGGCAAAGCUGCGACUGUCAAGACGGCAGCCGGGAAAGGCGGCAAGAAGUAG